GUUGUGCGCGACUUUUGAUUUCUUGCCUCCAACACGCACCCAUACUCGCACGCUCCUCCAGCUCUUUCAUCCCUCAUCACGCGCUUGCCCUCGAGCAUCACAUUACGCCUUCUGUUCUGCCCUGCCCGCUUUGGUGUGAUCUUUGCGACAGGGACAAAAAGUCCCACACACUUGCUUUGCCCAUCAUGGAGGAGUUGGGAAUCAGGAGGGAAGAACCCACAUUCGAUGAGGCGGUUGCCGAAAAGACGGCUGUGCACGAAGCGCUGGGGCAGGAAGAGGACACGUUCUUGAGGUACAAGAAGCUAUCUCAGCACCUCGAGUUCCUCAGCACGAUGGAGGAUUACGUCAAAGAUGAGCAACGCAACUUGAAGAGGGAGCUGGUUCGAGCGCAAGAGGAAGUGAAGCGCAUACAGAGUGUGCCGCUCGUCAUUGGUCAAUUCCUCGAACCCAUCGAUCAGCACACUGGCAUCGUCGGCAGCACAACCGGCAGCAAUUACGUCGUCAGGAUCCUCAGCACGCUGGAUAGGGAAUUGUUGAAACCAAGCAGCUCCGUGGCGCUGCACAGGCACUCCAAUUCGUUGGUAGACAUUUUGCCUCCAGAGGCUGAUUCGAGCAUCGCGAUGCUUGGCCAGGAUGAGAAGCCCACGGAGACGUAUGCAGACAUUGGUGGAAUGGACAUCCAGAAGCAAGAGAUCCGAGAGGCUGUAGAGUUGCCAUUGGUCCAGUUCGACUUGUACCGACAGAUUGGUAUCGAUCCACCUCGCGGUGUCCUGCUCUAUGGCCCUCCAGGUACAGGCAAAACCAUGCUGGUCAAAGCUGUAGCGAACGCCACAACAGCAAGCUUUAUCAGGGUCGUCGGCUCAGAAUUCGUUCAAAAGUAUCUCGGAGAAGGUCCAAGGAUGGUUCGCGACGUCUUUAGACUAGCCAGAGAGAACGCACCGGCCAUCAUCUUUAUUGAUGAGAUCGAUGCCAUUGCGACCAAGCGUUUCGAUGCGCAGACUGGCGCUGACAGAGAAGUACAGCGCAUCCUGCUAGAGCUGCUGAAUCAAAUGGACGGCUUUGAUCAAGGAAGCAAUGUGAAGGUCAUCAUGGCAACCAACCGAGCAGACACGCUAGACCCAGCACUUUUGCGUCCUGGUCGUCUGGAUCGCAAGAUCGAGUUUCCGCUGCCAAACAGGCGAGAGCGCCGAUUGAUCCUGCAAACCAUUACGGGAAAGAUGAAUCUGGCACCGGAUGUGGACAUGGAGGACUACGUCAGCAGACCCGAAAAGCUUUCGAGCGCAGAACUCAGCAGCUUUGCGCAAGCUGCCGGACUGCAGGCCGUGAGGAGAAACAGAUAUGUGAUUUUGCCUGCCGACUUUGAAGAAGCGUGGAAGCAAACGGUCAAAAAGGAAGGGGACAACAAGCUCGAAUUUUACGCUUGAUUGAUACGUUGGUUGCUUUGUCGUCUUGCAGCAGCAGCAGCAGCAGCAGCAGCAGCAGCAGCACCGCCAACUUUUUUUCAAGAGACAGACAGACACAUCAAUGCGAUUCCGCUUUACUCGAAACGCUCGCUCCCAAUCUUUCCGAACGUGUGCGCGCGCGCGCGCGUCUGCCA